AUGGAUAGAUAUUAUUUGGACAAGCCUGGUAAAAAACCAUAUAUGGCUGAAAAAAUUGAGUCAAUAAUUGUGGAAAUUAAUGAAGCUAAAUCAACCAAAGGUGCUAAGAAAAGACGAGAUUAUUAUAUUUUACAAAAAUAUGAUGUAUUAACAGUGGCCGAGAAAAAGUAUUUAAUACAUAAAAAAAAAGAAGAUAAAGAAGAUAUAAUGUAUAUUGUAUCAUACGAAGACUUGUUUGAAAAACUAAGUGCUUACCAUAUACGUACGGGACAUGGUGGUAUGGGGAAAAUGCGUGCGGUACUGUCCAAACAGUAUUCAAUUCCGAGACCAGCUAUUGAAACUUUUCUAUCUGUAUGUGCAACUUGUAAUAAAAAAAAUGAAAUGUACAUAGUAGGAACUACACACGGGUUAAUUAAAGGAUGGUUCAAUUCUGGAAAUAUGCAGCAUGCCACUGCAAAUUUUAUUUUAGCUGAACAGGUUAACAAACAAAAAGAAUUAACCUUGCGUGAAACUGUCCAGGUCGUAUCUGGAGGUCAGGGAUUCCUAAGUUGUUCAUGUAAAAGUUCUUGUCAAACCAAAAGAUGUGUUUGUUUUAAAGCUAGUAUAAAAUGCAACAGUCGUUGUCACAAUUCAUUUACCUGUUCUAAUAAAUAA